CUCAUAUUCAAGGAACCAAUUUGGCGCAUGUCUACUUCCAACAUGGAAGCUUCAGGUGUUGAUCAGCGAGACAAGUAUCGCUCUUACAUGUAUGGAGAUGGAGAGAGGAACACACAAUGGAGAGCUGGUGCCCCUCCUAACUACGAUGUUGUUAACAAGCUCUUUGAAGAAGGCAGAACCAAGAUAUGGCCAACUGGGUCACUGGAAGAAAGAGUUCAGAACCUUUUGAAGACAUACGAGAUGGAGAUUUCCCACAAAGCAAACCCUCAGGACUUCAAAUCUAUUGAUCCAGAAAAGUUCACUUUCGUCCAGAAUGGGAAAGAACCACUGACUAUUGAAGAUAUUACUAAAAUGGGUGGAGUCUAUAAUGUAGAUCUGCAAAGCUCUCUACCUGAGGAGUUUCAGAUCUACAAACCAGCAGAGGAAACAGCAGAAUCGUCUCAUAAGCUUUUCACCACUACUUUUCCACGUGGAUUUGCAAUCGAGGUCCUUGAGGUCUAUUCCGGUCCGCCGGUGAUAGCCUACAAGUUCAGGCACUGGUCUUACAUGGAAGGUCCUUUCAAAGGGUAUGCCCCUACUGGAGAAUUGGUUCAAUUCUUUGGCAUUGCAAUUUUCAGGGUGGAUGAGCAGAUGAGAAUUGUAAAGGUGGAGUUCUUUUACGAUCCUGCAGAACUUCUUGGAGGGCUGACGAAGGGUGCCAAAAUUGAAAACUGUGGUGGGAAUGGUGCAACCAAAAGUAGCUGCCCUAUCCUUAGGAACAAAUAAGUGCUAUAAAUACCUUAUAUAGGUGCAGCUUACAUAAAAAUGUAGGCUUGUUCAAAAUAAAAAUAAAAUGUAGUAUUGGCCCACAAAAAUAAUGUAGUAGCAUUGAGCCAUUGAGGCCAUCGUAUGGAUGGACAAGAAUUACACGAUAAAGUUAUGAUUAUUAAAUAUUGGAUUUAUCGGAGUA